AUGAAGGAGACUGUCGUCGAUAUCUCGCCGAAAUGUAUCAGCGGGAUCGAGUUUGGCGUGCUCUCGGCCGCAGAGAUCGUGGCACAGUCCGAAGUCGAGGUCUCGACCAGAAACCUUUUUGAUCUGGAAAACGGAAGAAAGCCGGUGAAGGAUGGAGCUCUAGACACGCGAAUGGGUACUUCUUCGAAUGCAGCUCAGUGUGCGACUUGUCAAGGGAAUUUGGCAUCUUGCCAUGGCCAUUUUGGUCAUGUCAAACUGGCCCUCCCAGUUUUCCAUGUGGGUUACUUCAAGGCCAUCAUGCAGGUUUUGCAAACAAUCUGUAAGACCUGUUCUAGCGUUCUCCUUGACGAGACUACUUGUCGUCAAUUUCUUCUAGAACUCAGAAGGCCGGGCUUGGAUAAUCUCAGGAGAAUGCGGAUCUUGAAAAGGGUCUCGGAUCAGGCUAAGAAGCAGAGACGAUGCCUUUCGUGUGGAGCCAUCAACGGUGUUGUCAAGAAGGCUGCUGCGGGUUCCGGACCUGCUGCGCUGAAGAUUAUACAUGAUACUUUCAGAUGGGUUGGUAAGAAAGGUGCUGAUGAAAAGGUCCAAUGGGACGAGGAUUUUGAACUUUUGCGUGCCACCAACCCUGACAUCGAUAGGUUUAUCAAAAGAUGUUUUGACGAUCUGAACCCACUCAAGGUUCUUGCUCUGUUCAAGAAGAUUUCUCCCAACGAUUGCGAGCUUCUGGGAAUAGACCCUUCUAGAGGAGGCAGACCGGAAAUGUACAUCUGGAGAUACCUUCCUGCCCCACCGGUCUGUAUCAGACCUUCGGUUGUUAUGAAUGACACUAACGCUUCCAACGAAGACGAUCUCACUGUCAAGCUGACCGAGAUUGUGUGGACCUCCAGUCUGAUCCGCGCGGGUAUCGAAAAGGGCAUUUCAGUCAACAAUCUCAUGGAACAAUGGGAUUACCUCCAAUUGGCUGUUGCCAUGUAUAUAAACUCUGAUGCGGCCUCACCAUCGGCCUUGCCGUCAGCAGGUGGGAUGUCGAAAUCAGCCAAACCUAUCAGAGGUCUUUGUCAGAGACUUAAGGGAAAACAGGGCCGUUUCAGAGGAAACUUGUCCGGUAAACGUGUGGACUUCUCAGCCAGAACAGUCAUCUCGCCCGAUCCAAAUCUGGCGAUCGAUGAAGUAGCUGUGCCAGAUCGUGUCGCCAAGGUGUUGACCUAUCCAGAGAAGGUCACCAGAUACAACAAAUCAAAGCUGCAAGCCCUUGUCAUCAACGGCCCCACCGUGCACCCUGGUGCUAACUAUCUGCUCAAGAGAAACGAAGACGUUAGGAGAAACCUGCGUUACGGUGACAAGCGCAAGCUGGCCAAAAACCUGGCAAUCGGUGACGUCGUGGAGAGACACAUAGAAGAUGGCGAUGUGGUUCUUUUCAAUAGACAGCCGUCUCUACACAGAUUGUCGAUUCUUUCGCAUUUUGCCAAAAUCAGGCCAUGGAGAACCUUCAGACUCAACGAGUGUGUUUGCACGCCUUAUAAUGCCGAUUUCGACGGUGAUGAAAUGAACUUGCACGUUCCCCAGACGGAAGAGGCCAGGGCAGAGGCCAUGAACCUGAUGGGUGUGAAGAAUAAUCUACUCACGCCCAAAUCCGGUGAACCUAUCAUUGCUGCUACCCAGGAUUUCAUCACGGGGUCAUUUUUAAUUUCUGGAAAAGAUUCUUUCUACGACAGAGCCACUUUCACCCAGCUGCUGUCUAUGAUGUCUGACGGAAAUAUCCAGUUUGACAUACCUCCACCUGCCAUCUACAAGCCUGUAUAUAUGUGGACCGGGAAACAACUUUUCAGUCUGCUGAUUAGACCCAACAACCAAUCGAAGGUGUUGAUCAAUCUUGAUGCCAAAAAUAAGACCUUUACGGCGCCAGCACCUGGCUACCCCAACGAGAUGUCGCCGAAUGACGGAUUCGUUAUCAUUAGGGGUUCUCAGAUUCUCAGUGGAGUGAUGGACAAGUCUCUUUUGGGAGACGGUAAGAAGCAUUCUGUUUUCUACACGAUUCUGAGAGAUUACGGACCAGAUGAGGCAGCUGCCGCGAUGAACAGAAUGGCCAAACUAUGUGCCAGAUACCUGGGAAAUAGAGGAUUUUCCAUUGGAAUCAACGAUGUAACUCCAGGAGUGGACCUCAAGAAUAAGAAGGAGUUCAUGGUGGAAGAGGCUUAUCGCAAGUGUGACGAACUCAUCAGACUCUACAAAGAGGGAAAGCUGGAAACCCAGCCGGGUUGUAACGAAGAACAGACUCUGGAAGCCAAAAUCGGUGGUCUGCUAUCCAAAGUCAGAGAAGAAGUUGGUGAAGUUUGUAUUAGAGAGCUCGACAAGUCGAAUGCUCCAUUGAUCAUGGCCAAGUGUGGUUCCAAGGGUUCUACUCUUAACGUAUCGCAGAUGGUGGCUGUUGUAGGACAGCAGAUUAUCUCUGGUCACCGUGUUCCUGAUGGUUUCCAGGAUAGGUCUCUUCCACACUUUUUGAAAAAUUCCAAGACACCUCAGUCGAAGGGUUUCGUGAGAAAUUCGUUUUUCUCGGGUCUGAACCCGCCAGAGUUCCUCUUCCACGCCAUUUCUGGUCGUGAAGGUUUGGUGGAUACUGCGGUUAAGACUGCUGAGACUGGUUACACUUCUCGUCGUUUGAUGAAGUCCAUGGAAGACUUGAGUGCACAAUACGACAACACUGUCCGUAACUCGAGCAAUGGAAUUGUUCAGUUUACCUAUGGUGGUGAUGGUCUGGACCCUCUGGAGAUGGAAGGUGAUGCCAGACCGGUAAAUUUGAACAGAACCUGGGAUCACGCCUAUAACACUUCUUUCGACAAGAACGAUCUAUCGUUGUUGCCUUAUGAGGUGGUGGAGGCAACCAAUGCAUUUUUGAGCCCAUUAGAGGCCAACCUACCUAGAUAUGACAAUCUGGGAAGACUGCUGGAACCAGAAGAGCUAGACAAGAUUGAGUUCAUUGAUCAGGAUGACGGUGAAAGAUCUUUCUACCAGUCUAUCAGAGAAUACAUGGUUAAGAGGGCUACUAAGUUGGCCGACAUCAGAGUCAAGCUCGGACUUCCAGCUGAACUGAUCAGAGGAGAGGCCCAAAAGAAGGAAACCGCGGCAGAUCCUGCAGUGAUCGCGGUUUCACAACUUAGCAAAAUUUCGAGCGCCAUGGUCAAGACGUUCUUGGACUUUUGUAUCACCAAGUACCAGAAAGCACGCGUUGAACCCGGGACCGCAGUUGGUGCCAUUGGUGCCCAUUCUAUUGGUGAACCAGGUACUCAGAUGACUUUGAAGACUUUCCAUUUUGCAGGUGUUGCUUCCAUGAACGUGACAUUGGGUGUUCCCCGUAUCAAAGAAAUUAUCAACGCUUCGAAAGUGAUCUCCACUCCUAUUAUUAAUGCCGUUUUGGUGAACAGCGAUGACGAGAGAGCUGCCAGAGUGGUCAAGGGAAGACUCGAAAAGACUCUUCUUUCUGACGUGGUUUAUUUCAUUCAGGAUGUAUACAGAGAGAACUCUGCCUACAUCGAGGUCAAGGUAGAUACUAGGACAAUCGACAAGUUGCAAUUAGAGCUCUCGAUUGAUCAAAUUGCUUCUGCCAUUGUGGCUGCACCCAAACUCAAGAUCUCCAGGAACGAGGUCUCUGUUGUUGGAAAGAACCGAAUCCAGGUACUGGUCAGCGAUGGAACAGCUGGAGAUUCCACCGCUGCCGCUCUUAAAGCUGCCAAUUCCGAGCAAGGUGAAGCUGGAGUCCUCUUCUUCAGAAUGCAACAUCUCAGGCGUGUUCUUCCAGACGUGGUCGUCAAGGGUCUUCCAGAGAUUUCUCGUGCUGUUAUCAACAUUCGCGAUGAUGGCAAGAGAGAAUUGUUGGUGGAGGGCUACGGUCUCAAGGAUGUUAUGUCUACUGACGGAGUUGUGGGAACACGCACGAAGACCAAUCAUGUUCUCGAGAUUUUUGAUGUCCUGGGUAUCGAGGCUGCAAGAGCCAGUAUCAUUAACGAGAUUGACUAUACCAUGUCCAGUCACGGUAUGGCUGUUGACCCUCGUCACAUCCAGCUGUUGGGUGAUGUUAUGACCUACAAGGGCGAAGUUCUGGGUAUCACCAGAUUUGGCUUGGCCAAAAUGAGAGAUUCCGUGCUCCAGUUGGCCUCGUUUGAGAAGACCACCGACCAUCUGUUUGACGCAGCUUUCUACAUGAAGGAAGAUCGCGUUGAAGGUGUUUCCGAGAGGAUUAUCCUGGGUCAAACGAUGACUCUGGGUACUGGUGCCUUCAAGGUGUUAAAGAGGAGUCAUGUUUCUGACAGCGCUCUGAUGCCAAAGAGGACUUUGUUCGAGGAUAUUUGUAAUGAGCAGCCCCCCAUGAUGCUGGUUGCGUAA